UCACCCAGCAAGGGCAAGAGCCUCCCGCGCGCUCGAGUUACCCGGCGACUUCCUCGGUCCAUCCAGCUCUACCCACCCCCUCACUCCUCGCUGCUCCGACUGCCCGUCCCCCACCCCGCAGCCACGACCCGCCGCCGCAGCGCGCCUUCCCCGUUCGUCUAUCCCACUCCCAGGCUCCUUCCUGCUCCCACGGCUGCUGCCCACGGUUGCCACGGCUCUCAGGCUCCCACUCUUCCAGUCCUAGCCCCCCGAUCCCGAACGGACCCUUUCCGAAGGUCCCUUUAUAUUAGUUUUCGUCCCGCGUCCUCUCUUCCUCUCGCCCAUCAUGCCCGCCAUCGCCUUCGCUGCUCCGAGGUCUCUCCUGUCGUCUUCGCUGCGCCGUACUGUCUUUGCCCGUCCCAUCCGCUUCGGAGCCGUCCAAACCGUCUCCCCCUUCGCCGUCCGCACCAUGGCUACCACUAUCCCCAAGAUCAAGGUCAAGAACCCCAUCGUUGAGCUCGAUGGCGAUGAGAUGACCCGUAUCAUCUGGCAAUCCAUCAAGGACAAGUUCAUCUAUCCCUACCUCGAUGUCGACCUGAAGUACUAUGAUCUCGGUCUCGAGUACCGUGACCAGACCGACGACCAGGUCACCAUUGACUCCGCCGAGGCCAUCAAGAAGUACCAGGUCGGUGUCAAGUGUGCCACCAUCACCCCCGAUGAGGCUCGUGUCGAGGAGUUCAAGCUGAAGAAGAUGUGGCUGUCCCCCAACGGCACCAUCCGAAACGCCCUCGGCGGUACCGUCUUCCGUGAGCCCAUCGUCAUCCCCCGCAUUCCCCGUCUCGUUCCCGGCUGGAAGAAGCCCAUCAUCAUCGGCCGCCACGCCUUUGGUGACCAGUACCGCGCCAAGGAUGCCGUCCUCCCCGGCAACGGCAAGCUCUCCAUGGUCUACACCCCUGAGGGUGGCGAGCCCCAGGUGAUCGAUGUCUUCGAGUUCAAGAACGGCGGUGGUGUUGCCCAGACUCAGUACAACACCGACGAGUCCAUCACUGGCUUCGCCCACGCUUCCUUCAAGCUCGCUUUGGACAAGGGUCUUCCCCUGUACAUGAGCACCAAGAACACCAUCCUCAAGAAGUACGAUGGCCGCUUCAAGGACAUCUUCCAGGAGCUCUAUGACACCCAGUACAAGGCCGGCUUCGAGGCCAAGAAGAUCUGGUACGAGCACCGUCUCAUCGACGACAUGGUCGCCCAGAUGAUGAAGAGCUCCGGUGGAUACAUCAUGGCUCUCAAGAACUACGACGGUGAUGUCCAGUCCGACAUUGUCGCCCAGGGCUUCGGCUCUCUGGGUCUCAUGACCUCCGUCCUCAUCACCCCCGAUGGCAAGUCCUUCGAGUCUGAGGCUGCCCAUGGCACCGUCACCCGCCACUACCGUGAGCACCAGAAGGGUAACGAGACCUCCACCAACCCCAUUGCCUCCAUCUUCGCCUGGACCCGUGGUCUCAUCCAGCGUGGCAAGCUCGACGACACCCCCGAGGUCGUUGCCUUUGCCGAGAGCCUUGAGCAGGCCUGCAUUGACACCGUCGAUGUCGAUGGCAUCAUGACCAAGGAUCUUGCCCUUGCCUGUGGAAAGACUGGCCGUGAGGACUACGUCACCACCACCGAGUACCUCAACGCUGUUGAGCGCCGCAUGAAGAACAUCCUCAAGGAGAAGCUGUAAAUCAUUCAACAACUCUCCCAUGAUGGUCCACCUGAACCCCGUCCGCGACUGGACACCCCCUCCUCUCUCCGUCUCUCUCCUCCAUUCGCACAACGCAGGUUCCUGUAUGAAUCCCAUGAAGUAGCGGCGUUGCAACGUUUGGGCAUUGCCUCGCCAGCAUAUCAUGGCAUCCCUCAGCUUCUUUGGCUAUGGAGGGCGUACUUCCCCCUCCCGCCUCCCCACCUUGCUGGGAUUUGGCAUGGUCAAGGACAAACAAGCAAGCAAGAACUUUCCUGUAUGAAAUAUAGAAACGAAAGAAACAGGCAGGCAGCAAAGCAAGGCAAAGGACACAUUAUUCCAUCGUCAUGUUAUGGGAAGAAAGGAGGUGGGAAAGAAGAGAACAGGGGGACAUAUGGGUG